AUGCCCGGCUCCGAGAUCAGUGACACCGAGUCCGUAUGCUAUUGGAGUGAAUGCGGGUACCCGUGCGCGGCACAAUGGGGUAUUUCGGGUGCCAGGGAUUGCGAAUUAUACACUGGUGCUACGUCGAUUCAGUACGAAUGCUGCAGAACACGUACUGAGCGCACCAUAGGAGUGAAAAAGUUCUGCCCGCAACUUGAAAGAGAUUCUCGCAGAAUGUCUAUGGUAGCAUCCUUAGUUGCCCUUUUGUCCAAUAUCUCUAUGAUCGCUGGGAUCAAAACUCUGCUUCCGCUGUCUCUGGCCUCGGCAGAGGAUGCGCGUAUUCAUGAGUCGGUGUAUCGGGUAGACUUCGAGGUUGGUAUGGGUUUCCCUUCAUUUGAAUUCGUGCCCGGUCUACCGGAAGCUACACCUACGACGCCUCCAGCCCCUCGCCGAGAUUGGCACGUGGUUGAUUCUUCUUCUUCUGAGGUUAACCUGUCGCCAGCUACAGUUGGAUUUGCUAGAGUCAUGAUCUCGACUCGGAUCCAAGCGGGCGAUCUUCUCGGGUCGCUCAUCAUCAGCCACCGAUGCCUCACGGAUGAAGUGGGAUCGGUGGCUUCCGUGGACCCCCACAGCACUCGGGCGUGCAUCAGCGCGUUCUGUGUAGUCCUUUGUUCAGUGACGGCGACUUCGAGAAUCCAGAACUGA